AUGUUGACUCUUAGUAGGAGUAUGGCCACAGCGGCCAAGGGUUCCUCGAGUAGAGCGAUAUCCGCGGGUCUGAUACUGUCGAGAAUUCCUAUUGUGACACCGGAAUUGACGAAACUCGAAAGUCAAUAUUAUGAGUACCAGGCAGCUCUAAGGGAACGCCUGAUGUGGACUUUCCCCCAUUAUUUCUAUUUCAAGAGAGGUACUUUAGCAGAGCGCCGUUUUUUGCUGGCUCAAAAGGGCCCAAUCAGUAAGCAACCGGGCGUAUGGUUCCCACAAGGUGUUCCAGAUAUCAAGCAUAACAGAGAGAGAAGUAAGAAGCAGGAGGUUAAUCUGCCCAAGCAGGAAAGAGAGGAAGCUGUGGGUUCACAACCAGAUGCUGACAUAUCCAGGCCGAUUGCGCCAAAUUCUAGAGUUACACAAGCUGAUAAGACGAAUGAUCUAUCCAGUCUAGAGAGAAAAUUGAGCAGGACUCUGUAUUUGCUAGUCAAGAACAAGGAAGGGUCCUGGACGUUCCCAUCGUUUCCGGUGGAGGGCAAACCAUUGCAUACUAGAGCAGAGGAAGGACUCAGAGAGUUGGGCGGUGUUAACAUGAACACAUGGACUGUAUCCAACACACCAGCAGCUGCUUUGAAAAAGAGUGAUGGGUCUCACGAGUUUCUGAUCAAGAGCCAUAUCUUGGCCGGUAAAUUCGAUUUACAGGAUAAUAAGACUUUGGCUGAUUUUGCAUGGCUAACCAAAGAAGAAGUGCAAGAGCGUGUUGAAGCCAACUAUUAUAACGAGGUAGGGUUCCUAUUGGCCGACAACUAA